AUCAAAGACUUUAGCAAGCUAAACGUCACAGAAAGGUAAUUAAGAAUGGAGAAAACAAAUCUGGAUGACCUUAAUUUGCCACAGGAGCCCGGGGCUGGGGGUAUUCUGUAAAACUUUGGGGUGUGCCCCUGGAACACUGAAACCAUUACCCUAUACUAGACUAUAAUCAUCUUGAUUUUGCAGCCCUAUUCUAGACUAGGCACCAUAAACCCCUGCCCUAUCCCAGACUGGCUAUUUUCCCUGCAGAAACUAUAUCACUAUCUUAGUCGAAAACACGCUAGCUUGCGAGCAGGCUCACUUUAAUUCUUGACACCUCUUCACCAGACUCCACCCCACCGGAUCGCUUUGCUCUUGGCCGCUCGCGCGUGUGACUCAAAGCUAAAGGGUGAGCUUGCUCGCAGGCUAAACAUACGCUAACUAAACCAAUAUCUUGCAAAGUCACUUUCGAGUUUCAAUUUCUAUUAUAGAACCCCGGGUUAAGAGCCCUGUUCUAAAUAAUUAAAUACAUUGGCCACUUUUCUGGUAAAUUACAAAACUCUCUGAUUUCUAUAGCCUAUCCCAAACUAAACUGCCUGAAAGCAAACCAUACCCUUCACAGCUGCGUAUAUAGCUCAUUUAUGAAAGUACCCCCCUCCCCAGAGGCGGGGAGGGGGUGAAGAUUUCUACAGUUCAACCCUUGAAGGACGCGUAAGCAGGACCCUUUCAGCUCGCCCCAUAGAGUCUCAGGAAAUAGCGUUUAUUUAGUUUCAGGCGGCGACUUACCAUAAUUGCGACAAACAGUCCCCUAAGAGGAGUCCCGAUCCCGACUAAGCUCCAUACAUGACGUACUUACCGCGUCGGACGUACCUACCUCGCGUCGAGCUCCUGUUCAACGUCCCAGUCACGCAAAAGUGAUUGAGGUAGCCUGGGGACAAGUCUGCUUGGAUUUACACGCAUUGCCAGUUCACAAUAUUCCAAGUUACUUUGUUGGAGUUUUUAUUGCAGGAUAAAGGUGAUCAUCUGUUUUAAAACAGAAAUGGGUGGGAGCUCAUCAACUCCAGUUCCAUCAGAUGCUGGUGGCAGUGCCGCUAUUGUCACUCAAGCACCCACCAGUGGAUGUCCAGUUCAACACAGUUCUCCAGCACCUGACAGAACAUCAAAGCCGUCAAUCAGUGAAUGCCCAGUCCAUCAAGAUAGCAUGGUGAAACUUCAAGCCAGUCAGUGUCCCAUUAGUGCUGGAACAGGUUGUGACAGUGCUGCUAUUGAUAAGGGUGCAGAUGCCUUGGACCCAGCUAAUAUGAUGCCUCCACCAAACCAACAACCAUCUCCAGGCCAGCCAUUCCCUCUGCCAAUCAAUCGUCAGGUGUCAUCCAUCCCUAGAGGGGGUACUGGCAAGGAAGAGAACUGGGUGUAUCCCUCGCAGCAGAUGUUUUGGAAUGCAAUGCUACGUAAGGGCUGGAAAUGGCAGGACGAUGAAGUACAGUCUAGCGACAUGGACAAUAUCAUCCGCAUUCAUAAUGCCAACAAUGAGGCUGCUUGGCAGGAGAUUCUGAAAUGGGAAGCGCUUCAUUACAAGGAAUGCGGAACACCCAAAUUGCUAAGUUUUAAAGGAAAAGCAAAAGAGUUUUCACCAAGAGCAAGAAUACGAAGCUGGAUGGGUUACGAGCUUCCAUUUGAUCGUCACGACUGGGUCGUCGAUCGCUGCGGUCGGGAAGUCCGAUACAUUAUCGAUUACUACGACAUCGGUGACGAAGAAGCUUACAAGAGAGGAGAAUUCGUGGCACUUGACGUCCGACCAGCUAUGGAUUCGUUUCAAGCAGUGUUAGACCGAGCGAGAAUUGCUGUUCUUCGGUGGACGCUUUCUUUCAGCAGUCCAAAAGACGAAUAAGUGGAAAAUUUGGACAGUUUGCGCAAAAAGAGCCCGAAAGCUUGGUUCUUCAACAUGGACAGGAAUUCCGGGAAGAAAUACCAGUUUCAGAUUUGAUUUUCGGCGAGAGAUUCAUUGACAUGACAACAAGUUGUUUAUCUGACUUCAAGCAUAUUAGGAAUUUCUGCACUGUAACUAAACGUGUGAAUCUGAAUAUCUAACAUCUCAGCCAGAGUCGUCUUUUGAAAUUCAGGAACAAAAUCCUUCUUUAAAACAUUCAUGUUAACCGUCUCGGUGAAAUUUGUCUAGCUUUCUCUGUUCUGGAUAUUGUGUACUCUUGUGUGACAAGGUUUCUAUUUAAAUUUGAAUCGUAUAACUCGCGUACUUUUAGUUGUAUUAUAUAAUAUAUUGUGAGGCGGAGUGAGGAAAAAUUACUUGUUAUAUCAGAAAAUGUUGAAAUGUCUUUUAGGGCCGGCACUCACGAGGGGACUAGUCAUUGCGGCUAGUCCCUGCAACUAGUCCCCUGAAGAAUUUACACGAAGGGACUGGUUGCAGGGACUUGUCCCACGAACAGUUCAC